AUGGCCGGUUGCGAGCUGGCGAGAGUGGCUUUGCUCGAAUCGCGGAGAUUGGAAAUGAAGAGUGACACUCGUUUCUCUGCAUUUUCACUUCCCCCUGCCUAUCCCCUUCCAACUUGCUCUGCGACGCCUUCCCAUCGCGUCGCGUCUCGCUCCUCUACCCGACCGCCAUCUCUCUCCUAUUUCCCCGCACGCGUUGUGGCGCGGAGGGGUCAUGGGCUCACUCACCCGCGGGAGCGCCGCCACGCGCAGCAGCGGAUCGCCGCAGCCGCCACUUCCGCCUUCGAGCGCAUUCGACCCGUCCCGAAGCCUCUCACUACCCAACCCCCCGACUUCUCCCCUCCCUCGCCCCGCGCAGUCCCCCCGGUUUUCCCUUCACGCUCCUCUGCCCGACACCCCACCCUCCUCCCACCCUCCACGUGGCUGCAGGCGGCGCAGCUGAGGCCGCCGUUGGAGGGCAUUCUGUCGAGCAGCGCGGGGGAGAACCCGGCGCUGUACCAGUGGAACCUCGUGCGCCUCAUCUACUGCGACGGGGGUGGGUACGCCGGCACCAGGGGCGCCCUCAACGUCUCCCUCGCUCCCCCUGCUGCUGCCGCCCAACGCAAUGCAAGCUCCGCUGGAAACUCAAUUAGCCCGUCAACGGGGUCUACCAAGUCAACCAAGUCAUCCGCACUGCCCACGGCAGCCAUCUACCUGGACGGGUGGAACAUCAUUCAGGCGGUCAUUCAAGAUCUCGUGCAGAAGCGCGGGAUGCGCUCAGCCUCACAGAUUUUGCUUUCGGGCAGCUCAGCGGGCGGGCAGGCGACAGUGAACCUUUGUGAUUGGCUGGCGUCGUCCUUCCCAUCUGCCUCCACACGCUGCCUCGUGGACUUGGGCUUCUUCCUUGACACGCGUGACCGUGCCAUGAACUACACCUUUCGCUCGCUGGCUCAGAACCUCACCGCACUGCACCGCCCCUCCAACCCCACCUGCCCUUACG